AGUUACAUUUGGCAGGCAGGCGGGCUCGCACGCCGGAGCGCUCAGCCCAGAAUUAGUGGAUUUAUUUGGAAUCUCCCUGCCUCCUCCAAGCUCCUCCACCGGCACUGGUUUGUGCAUAGACGGUAGCAUCAACCCAGCAGCUGCACUUUGAGCUGCGGACACCCAGAGCCCAGCGCCCUUGCCCCGCGUCUCCGCACCAGCUCCGAGAGGCAUGCACCGAACCCGGAGGCGCCUACCCAGCGCGCAGGGACCGCUCGGCGCUGGCCGCCCUCAGGAGCCGACCCUGAGCCCCUCCAGCCAUUUGUGAACCGGGAGGCUUGAAAUUCGCCAGCGAGGAGCCACACAAGAGAAAUUUCAAUGAAAAGAAAAGCCAAUGGAUUGUGGUCUUAGAAAGGCUGCUUAGAUGAUGUCUGUUUCCCGUGCUGUAGACACGUGGCAGAGCUGUAAGUAAAUGCUCGGCACUGCUUGAUGAAUUGGAUGGCUGCAGAUUGGAGACAAAAAAAAUAAUUGUCUCGUUUUCGUGGUGAUUUGCUUAACUGGUGGGACCAUGCCAGAACGGCUAGCGGAAAUGCUCUUGGAUCUCUGGACUCCAUUAAUAAUAUUAUGGAUUACUCUCCCCCCCUGCAUUUUCAUGGCUCCAAUGAAUCAUUCUCAAGUUUUAAUGAGUGGAUCCCCUUUGGAACUAAACAGGCUGGGUGAAGAACAGCGGAUUUUGAAUCGCUCCAAAAGAGGCUGGGUUUGGAAUCAAAUGUUUGUCCUGGAAGAGUUUUCUGGACCUGAACCGAUUCUUGUUGGCCGGCUACACACAGACCUGGAUCCUGGGAGCAAAAAAAUUAAGUAUAUCCUAUCAGGCGAUGGAGCUGGGACAAUCUUUCAAAUAAAUGAUGUAACUGGAGAUAUCCAUGCUAUAAAAAGACUUGACCGAGAGGAAAAGGCUGAGUACACCCUAACAGCUCAGGCAGUGGACUGGGAGACCAGCAAACCUCUUGAGCCUCCUUCUGAAUUUAUUAUUAAAGUUCAAGACAUCAACGACAACGCACCGGAGUUUCUUAAUGGACCCUAUCAUGCUACUGUGCCAGAAAUGUCCAUUUUGGGUACAUCUGUCACUAAUGUAACAGCUACAGAUGCUGAUGAUCCAGUUUACGGAAACAGUGCAAAGUUGGUUUACAGUAUCUUGGAAGGACAGCCUUAUUUUUCCAUUGAGCCCGAAACAGCUAUUAUAAAAACUGCCCUGCCAAACAUGGACAGAGAAGCCAAGGAGGAGUACCUGGUCGUCAUCCAAGCCAAAGACAUGGGUGGACACUCCGGUGGCCUGUCUGGGACCACGACUCUUACAGUGACCCUUACUGAUGUUAAUGACAAUCCUCCAAAAUUCGCACAGAGUCUGUAUCACUUCUCAGUACCAGAAGAUGUGGUUCUUGGCACUGCAAUAGGAAGGGUGAAGGCCAACGAUCAGGACAUUGGUGAAAAUGCUCAGUCAUCAUAUGACAUCAUUGAUGGAGAUGGGACAGCACUUUUUGAAAUCACUUCUGAUGCCCAGGCCCAGGAUGGCAUUAUAAGACUAAGAAAGCCUCUGGACUUUGAGACCAAAAAAUCCUAUACGCUGAAGGUAGAGGCAGCCAAUGUCCAUAUUGACCCACGUUUCAGCAGCAGGGGGCCUUUUAAAGAUACGGCAACAGUCAAAAUUGUUGUUGAGGAUGCGGAUGAGCCUCCUGUCUUCUCCUCACCGACUUACCUCCUUGAAGUUCAUGAGAAUGCUGCUCUGAACUCUGUGAUUGGGCAAGUGACCGCACGUGACCCUGACAUCACUUCCAGUCCUAUAAGGUUUUCCAUCGACCGGCACACUGACCUGGAGAGGCAAUUCAACAUUAAUGCAGAUGAUGGGAAGAUAACACUGGCAACACCACUUGACAGAGAAUUAAGCAUGUGGCACAACAUAACAAUCAUUGCUACCGAAAUUAGGAACCACAGUCAGAUAUCACGAGUACCUGUUGCUAUUAAAGUGCUGGAUGUCAAUGACAACGCCCCUGAAUUCGCAUCCGAAUAUGAGGCAUUUUUAUGUGAAAAUGGAAAACCCGGCCAAGUCAUUCAAACAGUGAGUGCCAUGGACAAGGAUGAUCCCAAAAAUGGACAUUAUUUCUUGUACAGUCUUCUUCCAGAAAUGGUCAAUAAUCCGAAUUUCACCAUCAAGAAAAAUGAAGAUAAUUCUCUCAGCAUUUUGGCAAAGCAUAAUGGAUUCAACCGCCAGAAGCAAGAAGUCUAUCUUUUACCAAUCGUAAUCAGUGAUAGUGGAAAUCCUCCGCUGAGCAGCACCAGCACCCUAACCAUCCGUGUCUGUGGCUGCAGCAAUGAUGGUGUUGUCCAGUCUUGUAAUGUUGAAGCUUAUGUCCUUCCCAUUGGACUCAGUAUGGGCGCCUUAAUUGCCAUAUUAGCAUGCAUCAUUUUGCUGCUAGUCAUUGUGGUGCUGUUUGUAACUCUGCGGCGGCAUAAAAACGAGCCAUUAAUUAUCAAAGAUGAUGAAGAUGUUCGAGAAAACAUCAUUCGCUACGAUGACGAAGGAGGAGGGGAGGAGGACACAGAGGCUUUUGACAUUGCAACGUUACAAAACCCAGAUGGAAUUAAUGGAUUUUUACCCCAUCACAGAAGAGGGUUGCUAGGAGGAAUAUCACCAGAUGCUGUCUGAAGAGAAAGACUGCAGAAAGCAAUGGCUUCAAUGAACUCAGAGGCCAGGACCAGAAAACCAAAUGAGAGGUCACUAAAAGCAAAUUUUAAUUUAUUGAGAUUUCCUCUGUAUAUGAAAAUAUCUCCAAGGCCAUUCUAUGACUCUUCACAAAUAUGAGAAAGAUUUUUAACAACUAUGGUCUAAGAUUAAACAUGACAAUUUAGGAAUCAUUGGGAUCACUUCCUUUCCCCAAUGUAUACUUUACCUUGAUUAUGAUUUUGUCUACAAUUUUUUUUUUUAGGUUUUGUUUAACUCAACUUCUAAAGGUUCGUAGCUAUUUCAUAUUUGUCAAGUCUGAUUGUUGAGUAUGUGAAUGGAUGUUCUUGGCUCAGUGUUCGAGCUAUAAAUAACAAUAUUUCCAAUAAACUGAAAAAAAAAGACCUUUCAAACAAAACUUUUUUUCUACAAAAUAUGUUCUAGAUACUAUACUAAUAACAGGAAAAAAAAAAGAGAUAUGACCAACACAUGUCUCUUGCCACUCAAAGACAUGGAGUAAAUUAUUACAUUGGAUAAAUUAUAAAAGGAAAUAAAUGAUAAAACAUUGGAUUUGGUUAUGCUGUAGAAGAGCUAAGCAGACAGUGUUUUGAAAGUGCAGAGAAAGAAUAUCUAUCUAAGCCUGCCAAGGCAUAGUAUCUUACUAGGGGCUGUGUUAGAAUGAGUCUUGGGGGAGCACACUGUGUCAGAAGCAUCAGAAGAUAAUGCCAGGCUAAGAUCCAGGCACUGGAAUAGGAAAGAUCAUGCUGAAAGGAUGUCUCAAUGGACUUUGCCACCAAUGUUUCUUAUCCUAACAAGUUCUCCACAUGACUAAACUUCCAGUAUCCUUAUUUACUGAGCAAAUAUGUACCAAGUAUUUCCAUGAAUUUAAGUGUUGGGAAUAUAACAUUGAAUAGGACAGAAGAAUUCUAUUUUUUCAAAGACAUGGUAGUGUAGAAGAAAUGUAGAUGAGUAGAAAUAAGAAAAAAACAAAUCAGUAUGAAAUGGAUGGGAAACUAAAUUCUUAGAGUGGACAGGGUGAUAUUUAAGUUGCCAUGUGAACUUGUCUUAAUAAGAGCAAACCAUAACAAAGUGUUUGGGAAUAUUUGUGUUAAUGUUCUCCUGUACUAAACCAAUGGCAUAUACAAGAAAUGAAAAUGAGUCCAACUCAUCAUGGAUAAGGGGGGAAAAGACACAGUGGAUGCAGAGAGCUAGGCAGAAACCAUUUUAUCCAGGUUCUUGCCAAUCAAGAUAAGGAACUUAUAUCCACUUUAUGUGAAAGAGGAGGAAAUUGCAAGGAUCCAAAAGCUGAGGGAUGAUAUGAUCUGCCUUAUAGUUUUGAAAUAAUCACUCUAGUCCAUGUAUGAAAAUAAGAUUGUAGGGGACAAGAAUGAAAGUGAGAAACCCAGAUAUGAGGUUGUUGCCAUAGCCCAAGGAAGAGAUUAUCUUGACUUGGUGGAGUGUUAAUAGAGAUAGAAGAAAUAGAUAGAACCAAGAUAUAUUUUGGAUAUAAAAUUGGUGGUAAUGACAGUUGCAUUGGAUAUGCAAAAUGAAGGAAAGAUGGAAUUUAAUAUUAACUCCUGGAGUUUUUGGCUUGAACAACUCUGUGAUUGGUGGGGCCAUUUACAAAAUUGAGAAGUCAGGAAAUAGAUUUGUUUAUCAAAGGCUGACAUCCUAACUUUUGUAAUCAAACGAUGCAGAAAAUGAUGGUGGAAAUCAGAGUCCUUUAGGAAUUCCUACAUGGUGUAUAUAAGGAACUAUGGUAGUCAGGAUUCUUCAGAGACACAGAAACAAUAGGAGAGAUGGCUAUAUAGAGAGAUUUAUUAUGAGGAAUUGCCUCAUGAGAUUAUGAAGGAUGAGCAAUCCUAUGAUCUGUUGUCUGCCAGCUAGAGCCCCAGGAAAGCCCAUGUUGUAGUUCAGUCUGAGUCCAAAGGCCUGAGGAUCAGGGGAGACAAUAGUGUAAUCCCAGUGUGAGCACAGGAGAAGAUGAGUUGAGAUAGUUCAGUUUAGAAGAAAAGGGGGACAAAUUUCUCCCUCCUAUAUAGGCCCUCAAUGGAUUAGAUGAUACUCACCUACAUUGGAGAGGGCAAUCUACUUUACUGAGUCUACUGCUUCAAAUGAUAACCUCCUCUGGAAACACCCUCACAGACCUACCCAGAGAUAAGGUUUAAUUUGGACACUCCAUGGCCUAGUCAAGUUGACAUGCAAAAUUAAGCAUUACAGGGAGCACCCAGAAAACAUUACUACAUGUUGAUUCUUCUAUAUAUAGAUACUUGAGUCAAUAAAGUUCACAAGAGACCUGAUAAAUCUCAAGAAAAAAAGGUCUGGCCGGACUUCGAACUUUAUAUUUUUUAGCUUUCUAUAAAUUGAAAAAAAAAAAAAAGUAGAGGCUCCACUUCAGUGAUUUAGUUCAUUCUUGGCUGGGGUAUGAUGGAUUUACUUACUGGAAAUGUUUCUUAAUGGAAAUGAGGACAUAUAUACUGAAACAUUUAUCUAUACUUACCUAAAAGUAGGAAAAAGCACACAUAGCUUUAUAUGUAAACAUAAUAUGUUGUCUAGGAAGCACUCCUGAGGUAUAUAUUUUCUCUUUGGACUGAAUAUUAAUUCUCAAAAGAAGAAAUAUUUGGUCUUUGUGGUUCAGGUAUGAUAAAAAAAAUAUCAUUACAAAACACCCUCAAACAAAUCUUUUGUUUGUUUGUUUAUUGACACUUACUGAUAAAGUUCAUCCGGCUUUCUGGAAGUUUAGGGGGUUGGCACUUAAGAAAUGCUGGGUGCAUGGGAUUGAAGCAAUAUCAGGCUGGAGGGAAAAGUCUUAUGCAAAAUAAGUAUAAGAAAUUCUUAUAUAAAAAGCUAAUUGAAAAGAAUGAAUCUAAAUUUAUUUUGCCCUCAUUUUGCUAUGAGCCUUGUGCAAGGUGUACUGGGCUUGGACAAAGACAGAAAAACUCAAUCACUCUCCUUGAGAGCUUACAUUCUUCUACAGUAGCUUGACACAGGUCUUUGUUUUACAAAUCAAUGCAUUGUGUUUAUACACACACACACAAACACACACACAUGUUUUAGUACUUUCAAAUUGCUAUAGGAACACUGAAUCAAAAUAAUUAAUGCUUAAUGAGUUCAGGGAUAGGAACAUAUCUAUUGAGCUGUGCCAUAUAGAGAAAGUUAAGAAAACAAUUGAUCAUUAUGGUCAGAUAUGGGGCAUAUAGACAAAGAUGAUAUCACAAGUGAAAAAUAGGAGGACAUGAAGACCCAAAAUGGCUAGAAAAUGCUAAAACUUGGCAGGGAUAAAGUAAGAACAGAAAAUUGCAGAUCCAUUUUUUGUUUUUAUAAAAACAUCAAUUGAAUCUAAUAGUGUAGUAUUAAGUAAUACUUUUUGUUUUGAUAUGAUUCAUACUAGUAAUAUAAAGAUAAUCUUACAUAAUAGUUAACUGACAAUGAAAAACAAAAAUAUCAUAUGAACAUUUCAAUAGAUGUAUUGAAAAAACAUCUGGUAGAGUUCAUGAACUAGCUAAGAUAAGAAAACUAAGCAAUAAGCAUAGAUGAGAACAUCUUUAAAUUGAUAAAGGGCAAUCUACCUAAAUUGCAUAGCAAACAAAAUAAUUAAUAGGAAUUAUAAGGCACAUUCCUUUAAGAUGAAGACAAAAGAAAGUCUAUCAUUUUAAAUCCAUGAUCCAAGUGUUGGUGAAAAUUUUAAAAAUGAGAAGAUUCAUACACUGCAUCUCUCUUUAAAUCCAGUGAUGUCGCAUUGUGGAGUAAAUCCCAGAGAAACCCUUGCACAGACUUAAAAGUGAAUAUAGCCAAUGUUACUCAUUACACUGUGCCUUUUUUUUUAAGUGUGGUUCUAGAGGCACUGAAUGAGUCUACACUGGGAAAACGGAUAUUAUAUCCACCUAAUAAACACUAAGGUCUACGACGGGGCAUUUAGAAGUAAUAAAAUAAAUGCACACAGGCCAACAUGCAUCCAUUUUGAAAACAUUGUCAAGUGAAAGAAUGUAAAAUAAAGAAUGAAACUUAUGCCCCAAUAACAACUGUAUUAAUUUAAAAAACACAUCCACAGAAAUAUACAUUUUACAAGAAUACUUAUCAAGAAUAUUUAUUUUUGCACGUGAGAAAAAAGAAUGGCUCAACUCUUUGCACUUGAGGCCUAAUAACUAAAUGGAUGCAUAAAUAAUACUAAAAUAAAUAAGAUGAAGUGUGCUUAGGAAAAAUGGUAUAUAACACAUUCUUUGGACUUGGUGUUUCAUGAAGAGGAGGAAGCAUUGCAAUGAGAAUAGAUGAUGUUCUGACUACGAAAAUUCAUAUGUUCUAAGGAACAUAGACUAAGAUGGGAACACCAGCCUAUGGAAUUGUGUUAUUCUAAAUGACAGGAAUCUAUAUUAUUCUGAAAAGUAUUUUGAGUGAAAGGUUUAGAUUUUCUAAUAUAUUUUACAUUUGGUGAAAUCUCUAGGCUAUUCAAAUCCCUUUUAGAGGUCAUGAUCUACAUCUGCAAAAUAAAACCUCUUAGAAAUCUUAUUGAAAUAAAAACCUUUUUGUUGUUGUUUAUCCCAAGAUUUCUCAAAUAAAUUAAUUAUGAUUUUUUACACUGAAAAGCCAAUUACAUCUUUCUAGAUAUAUACAUUUAUGUAAAAUAAAAUUUGAGCAUCACUAUUUGACUCAGUAGACACCACUAUUGGAAUCAAUAGACAAACUGAGAAUUUUUAAGAAGUGGAGGGAUAUAGUCAAAUCUAAUUUGCUUUCCUUCUUUUCAAUGGGGUCAUAUUAAGAAUAUAAACAUCUAUUUAUUGAGCAUCUACACUGCACAUAGGUUGGUGAUAAGUGCAAUUGGAAAUAAAACUGUAGAAAAAGUCCCAGAUUUUGUUUGCACAGAGUUAACUGGAGAAAGAUUUAACACAUGGAGAUAAUGAGAUGUUGUGACCUACUAUAUUUGACAGUAUGUACAGGGAGGGAUGAAGUGUGGGGAAACUGUCAUUUGGCAUUAGAAAACAGAAAAGGUCAAGAAAGGUGGCUGGAAAAAGCAAUGUGCAAGAAGUUGAUCUUGUUUGUUAGGCUUGAUUCACCAUUUGGGAGAAGUGACAAUUAUUGUUCACAUAAGUUAUUGCUAUAGUCUACUGGAUAGUCUCUAUGUUACUAAUCUUCUCCCUCUUCAAUCUCUGGAAAUCUGUAUUAUCAAGUAAACUGUCUAAAAACACCACAUAUAACUAGCCAUUCUUCUGCCAAGAAUUUGAAAUGGCUUGCUAAUCAUUCGUCACUGUUGCUUUUAAUUUUUGGUUAAGUAUAUAUUUGAAGAACUUAUUACAUGACAGGUUUUGACAAAACAUAACUCCUUCCCAAAAGAAAUUACUUCCAAGCUGGUUUUAAGGUCCAUAAUGGAGAAGAGUGGCCUUCUUAUAUUAAACAAUGACCUCCAUGCCAACAAAAUCCACCCCAACUUAUUCAUCUAACCUCUUCUCGCUUUGCAUUGGUCAAGAUAGGAUUCUCCCUCUCAAUGACCUUUGCUGAAAACUUUCAGAAAUGCCCUUCUUCCCAUUGGUAUUUAAUUAUAGACAUUAUUAUAUUUAUCUUUCAGGUUCCAAUCAGAGUAGUGGGCAUGUGGGCACAGAGAUCAGAUAUGAAUUUCCAGGUGUUAGGCAGCAUUCUAGGAAAAAAUGACAAAGUGUAUAGAGUGAGUUAUUUUAUAAAUAAAGGAAGUAGUCCUCUGAGGUUUAAAAAAAUGUUGGAGAUAGAAAAGAUUUAGCCUAGUUCAACAUCUAUAUUGCCUUUAAAGAACAAUGGUUAGUUUGGGAAGCAGGGUGCUGUAGGGGGACUAAUAGAAUACUAACCCAAUUCAAAUGAAACAUUAAUUUGUCAUGUUUAUUGAGCAUGGAAAUGACUACUUUGAGGAAUACAAAGAUUUAUAUGACACAGUCCUUAGAUUGUAUGCCUUUAACAUGCGAUUGUCUCUCUUGAUUUCAAUGUCAUUCUCCAUAAAACAAAGGGAACUAUCUGCUACAUCACUUGCUUUCAAAUUGUACUUCACAGACAUUAAAAACAGGUGCUGCUAAUGAUCACGAAUGAAAAGAAAAUUCAGCUAACAGUGCCAUCGAUCUUCCAUCAUCACUAUCUUCCAUCAUCACUUGAACUUACCCCCUGCCACAUUCUUUAUUUGAUAAAUUGAGGUAUCAAAUAAAUUACAGUCGAAGGAAACUUUUUCUGUUUGGCUUAAAAACCUUUCUGAACAGCCCGAUAUUUUUCAAAAAUCCCUUCCAAAUUAUGUGUUUCCCUCAAAAAAAAAAAAAACUGCGCAUUUUAAUAUGACCACUUUUUCUGUGACAGAGAAGAGAGUUGAAAUGAUUUUGAAGUUUGCUACAUAGGAUAAAAAUGACAUCAAAAUAAUUUUUCCCCAGGGAAAAAGAACAAAGAGAUUUUGUUCUAUAACAUUUUGUCUAUCUUAUCAGGAAGACCAUUUACAGGAACACAGACAUCUUGUACUGAGUUGUUAUGGCCACUGUGUGACUUCCCUGAAAACCUAAAAGAAUUAUUUAUAAGUUUUAUCAGUGUUUGCAGUGGGAACAGGCAUCUUCAUGUCAUUAUAUUUCUCACGCCUUGGGAUGUUCCUGAAAGGCCCAUGUUGAAUUGAUGGAAUACUAGGAUUUUAUAGUGUAUCAUUCAUAUAAUUUAGGCUCAUAUUAUUUCUAAAUUUGUCCAUGAAAAUAUUCUGGCAUUGAAGAAUGUAGAAACUCAUUCUUCUAGACUUAUUAUGAUGAUUUUGUAAUCACAGUGAAAAUUUUAACCAAUGAUGGCUUUGUAACCAUACUGACACAUGAUCACUCUCUUCUCUUUUAUCUAAUGCUAAUAUCUCCAAGGAUGGCACACUCAGCACUAAAUUCCUCAGUGAUGAAUUAUAAAUACUCUCAGAAAUGUGCUUGUGGUACAAUGAUGAAGAUGUCUUCAAGGUCGUUUCCUAAGUUAAGUACUCCAUAGCUGGAUGGAGAUGUGUAAAUAAGAUAUUUAAACCAAUUCUCCAUGCUACACCCCACCAACUCAUCGCUAAAAUCAAACCUUAUAAAAUCCUCCUGAUCAAUUAGAGGAGGAUGCAGUAAGAAAUACAAAGUUAAGGCAUUUCGGAUUGUCUCUUCUAACCACCCAGCUCCCUUGUAACCACAAAUGAUCACAUCAUGGCCAUACUCAAAGAGUGUGAACCUAAUAAAGAGCAAUGAUAUCUUUCUGUGAUCUCACUCUGAAAUUGUUCCUGUUUCACUUUUUGUGAUUAUUUCCUUUUUGGCCUAGCUUGUUGGCUGACUCCCUCAUGGUUCAACCUUCUCUGAUGCUAUGGGUUGACCCAUGCACUUUAUUCUGCUUCCUACUCUGAAAUUGGAUGACCUAGUUCUUUGAAAAAAAUUAUUGGCUUCUUCUUGGGUGACCCAUUGGAUAUGAAAAUAUGGCCUCUGAGUUAUAUAAUGUUCAUAUCUAUGCAAUUGGAAUGUUAAAUUUUUAAUUUCUGCAGAAUCGCUCCUCUGUACUGCAUUAUUAGGUAAGGAGAGUUCAAUCCGCUCCCAUUGGAUAUGAAGGUCAGAAACGGGGUUGUGGCUCGGUAUCCUGACAGAAAAGACAUGGAAUACUCAAAUAAGAGAACUAAGGGUGGCUUAAUGAGUAUAUAAUUCCAAGUAUAUGGACAUAGGUAAGGACAAUCAAGAAAGGUAUGCAGAAUUCCAAAGCUAACAAUAGAAAGUAACCCACUAAUAUUCUUUGGCAUGACUGCAAAAUGAGAAUAAAUAAUUCCUGGAAAUUGGAAGGAAAGCUAAAGUUUUAUCUGUAGUGUAGGAGACAGGAGCAGUGGCAAAGAAAAGUGAUUGUUCCCUUUGAUUUUUGUAGAAUCUCACCAAUCAUCAGGGGAUAAGACAGGGAGAAAGAUAGAAGUAAUCAGGAGAAAACAAAGUAAAAUAUUGUUAAAUGGUUAAUCAAUUAAGCAUCAUGGGAUACUAUUUUCAUAGGUUUGCAUAAAUGUCAAUAAAAUAAGUGCUAUUUUUGUCAUUACACAACAGAUUAAAAGACUGAGACUCCAAAAUAUGAAGUAACUAGAUCAAAAUCACAUUUUUACCUGAUUACAAAGAUGGAUAUUCACAGCCCAUGAGUGAUGAAUGGCCACCAGUUGAUAUUUCUAGUAGGUACCAAAAACAUGAUCUCACUUGUUUGCAUUAACAGGGCUCGGCAACACUCUCAACUUAUCUUCAUUGUGGCAGUGAUCUUUGCAAAGUUCUACUUUCAAAUGGAAUUGAAACAUCUCCUGAUUUUUAUGAAAUCCUUAGCCUGCUAUUUUCUCUCAUCUUUAGAAAAAUCAGCCUUUUUUUCUAUUACCUGUGAACAAUUUCAGAAAAAUUGUCACUUUUUGCUGGGGCUUUCUUUGCAUUCACAGGAUAACUAUGCUUAGACACAAGAUUUCCAAUAUGACCCAGCCUACCCUUUUUACCUGGGCAUACAUUUGGAAGAAUUUCUCUUUGUAGCUAUAAAAUUCAAUCCAAGAAAUAAUUUUGGAAUGUUUCAAUAUCUCUUAUACUUAUGACAUAGGUAGUAACCAAAUGUGACCUCACGGUUGCCAGAUAUUGUGAGCCUGUGCUUGUUCUGAACUACUGGGAAGAAGUGGUGAUUUCUGAACACACCUGACAAGCAAAAAUCGCAUGUACCUCAA